UUUGAAUGGCGUCACGGUGCCGUCAUCAGUCAGCCGGUGGAGCCGAGCUCUUGCACGCUCGGCACUGUCCGGCAGGGAGUCAGCAGCAGCAGCAGCUGGUGGUGGUGGUUGUUGUUGUGGACGACGGUGGUGGUGGGGCGCUCGAGGUGAGGCUGAUGGUCUGUCGGACCGAAGAGGUGCGGGGGGAAAAGAACAAUGACCACCUACCUGCCCGAGCGCAACCACUACCAGACGAUCAGCAUGCUGGGGAACGGAUUUGAGGAGUUGAUGUCCGUUCGCCUGGCGCGACACGUGCCUUCGGGGAGCUACGUCGCCGUGCGCCAUAUCAACCUGGAGGGCUGUUCCCAUGAGCUCUUCUCGCUGCUGCAGGAUGAGCUUCAUAUCGCCAAGCUUUUCCACCACUCAAACAUCCUGCCUUACUGGGCGUCCUUUGUGGUGGACAACGAACUCUGGAUCAUCACUCCGUUCAUGGCUUAUGUUGCCCUGUUGGGAGGUGGCGGCGCAGGCUCGGCGAAGGACCUCAUCUCGGCGCACUUCACGGACGGCCUGCCGGAGCCGGCCAUCGCCCUGGUCCUGUACGAGGUUCUGCGGGCGCUGGAGUACGUCCACAGGAUGGGCUUCGUGCACAGGAGCGUGAAGGCGAGCCACGUGCUGGUGUCGGCGGACGGCCGCGUGUACCUCACGGGGUUACGCAGCGCGCUCAGCAUGAUCCUGGACGGGCACCGGCUGCGAGCGGUGCACACCUUCCCGCGCCACAGCGUGGGCACCCUGCCCUGGCUCAGCCCGGAGCUGCUGCAGCAGAACCUGGAAGGGUACGACACGAAGUCGGACAUCUACAGCCUGGGCAUCAUGGCCUGUGAACUUGCCAACGCCCACGUGCCCUUUAAAGACAUGCCCACCACACAGAUGUUGCUGGAAAAGUUGAACGGAACCGUGCCGUGCCUGCUGGACACGCACACCAUUCCCGCGGAGGAUCUCAAUUUACAAAACGCACGUGCUUCCCACGGAGUGGAAGGAGGGGCGGGAGGCGGCGGGGCGGCGGGCUGGCCGGCGGCGUCUUCGCCCGACCAGUUCUCACAUCCGUACAACCGCACCUUCUCCGCGCCCUUCCACAACUUCACCGAGAUCUGCCUGCAGCGGGACCCCGACAGACGGCCGUCGGCGACAGCCUUGAUGAACCACGUGUUCUUCAAGCAGGUGCGCAAGCGGCAGUGCGACGCCCUUCCCGAGCUGCUGAGGCCCGUGGCGCCGCUCACGGAGCAGCAGGAGGCGGCGACGCACGCCCACCCGGACAACGGCCUCGACGGGGUCGUCCGCGGCCUGCAGCGCAUGCAGGCCGCCGCCGCCGACGACGACGGCGACGGCGACUGGGACUUCUGAUGGCGCCUGCCACGAAUCGUCCCGGACGGAUCGUUGGACAACGUCGGCCUCGAUUCGCCUUCCGUAGAGCCCCGGAGAGACCACAGCGGCACGGGCUGCGACGACCUCUCACAUCCUCGCCGUGGUGCGGAGCUGAGCAAAACAAUUUCCUCCGCGUAUGAUCCUCCACUUUCAGUUUUCAACGUUUCAAAGUUUGUUUAACCCGGUUGAGAACUCCGAAAAGAGAGGGUCAGGGUGAGUGUCAUAUUUGCAGGAGUGACCUGGGACAUCCGUCUGCCCGUAGGGGGCCGUGAUUGCCGCUGUGCGUCCAAUCCCGAUUGAGUCACUUUUGCGGCGCGCUUUUCGAAUUUUGUGAAAUUUCCGAAUUUGAUUCGAUCGUGACGUCCGGCGCACGACGGUCCACGUCCGCUGUGAGCGAAGCGUGACCGGCGCGUGGCAGUGUCGUUACUACGACUGCUCCCACGGUUGUCGCACACCGCGGUUUACAUAACCAGGGCGGACGCCGGAUUCGAACCACGAGGUUUUGUGACGGGUGCAACGCGCGACUUGGGUGGAGGCGAUUUUGGCGGGCCCGGCGUUUGGCGCACGUGGGCUGCCUGUAACCCGGCGCUGCGAAGGCAGCGCCGAGGGUUGGUGGAUCACGCACGGAUUGUGUGAAACUCCCUGCGGACCCCUCCACACCUGUUCCGUCUCUAAACGCCAGUAGUUCUUAAACUUUAUUGCCAGCCUUGCACCCCAUUGGUUCUCAAUCGUAAAACAAAUUACAAUGUUAAUAAAUGCAGAGGGUUUGACUGAAAUAAAGUAGGUCGUUACCUACGUUGCCCCGUGCUUAAUUUCGUGUUUUCGAUGAUUUACCGUCUAAAAAAAUACCUGGCCAUGUCUCGCACCCCCAGAAAGGGCAUCUCGCUCCCCCAGGGAGUGCAGCGUGCACCCCCUGGUUAAUUCGAAGCACUGCUUCACGACGAAUGCCUGGGCUUUCUCCGGCGCUCCGGUUUCCUCCCACAUGCAUAAACAUUUAUUGGCCGAUAACGCCCUGAUAUGUAGAGGACCCCGCAGAGCUUGGGGGGACAGUUGUUGGUAACCGCUCGCCACGCGGCUGACUUUCCCCCCCGCUCGCCUAUGGCGGCUCGUCGCGCCUCUGAGCCCGUUUCUCUCAUCGAGAGCGAGUUGUUGUUGUUGUGGUCGUUGCUGUUCUUUACAAGUUGAGGUCAUUAUUAUUAUGAUAGUUAUUGUUAAAAUGUUGAGUGGAAAGUGCGCGUCUCCGGGAGACGUGUGUGCUCCGUGUGUACCGACGACGUUUUUGGACGUGUUUAACGUCCGUCGCCCAAAGUGGCAUUUCUACAGUCUCGUCGGGAAACGUUUUAACAUUUGCUCGCGGAAAUGAUCAUUUAACCAAAUUUGCUUGGUUUUUUUGGGGGGCGAUUUAAAACAAAUAAGAGUGUUUUUGUCAUCCCCAGACAGUGUAAAUAUUAUCAUGGGAUAACUUUUUUUGCCAGUACAGUAAAAACCUUGGAUUGUGAGUAACUUGGUCUGCGAGUGUUUUGCAAGAUGAGCAAACAUUUGUAAAUAAAUAUUAAUUUGAUAAACGAGCGAGGUCUUGCAAUACGAGUAGUAGCACGUCUACGCUUUGUCUGCCGAGCGUCACGUGAUCACAACUGAUAUCCGAGUGCUUUGAUAUACGAGUGCUUUGGAUUACAAACACGUUUCCGGAACGAAUUAUGCUCGCAAUCCAAGGUUUUACUGUAUCAAAGUAUGAAAAAUAAGAAUUUUAUUGCCAGAAAAGGUGAAACCUAUUCUUAUUUUCCAUACUUUGAUACUGUGCAAAAAAAGGUACCCCACGACACAGCUGCUCACACCCCGAGCUAAAAAUUCCGCGCUCCGUGUGGCAUUGUACUUGUACCGGUUCGCUUUUUGGCGCUGUUCUCUGGUCUGACACUGCUGGUGAGACUAGGCCCAUGAAGAAAGCCACUGUCUCUGGUGUAGGCCAAAUCAGUUUUAAAAAAAAAACAAUGCGUGUAUCAUCUGGGGCACGUUUGCAUGUUCACCACAAGUGCCGCGUGGUUAAUGCAGUGCUCAGUUCCUUGAUAACAGUUUCUGUUUGGCGAACGUCUUAACACAGCACCUGUUUCGUUGCCAGAGAGGGACAAACCCAUUCUUAUUUUUUCGAUUUAAAGCUUUCGUGACUGCAAGGAUUCGUCUUAUUUGGGUUCUUUCGGGUAAAGUCACGUGGAAUGAGAAUAAAAUAAUGAAAUGAAAUAAGAUAAUAAAAUUCUCACGACGUUUCGGCCACAACACAAGCGGCCUUCCUCAGGUGAAGAAACAGGUCGAUCCAGGAGACAGAGCCCGAGGAUAGACUCUGUUUCUUCACCUGAGAUAGGCCGCUUGUGUUGUGGCCAAAACGUCGUGAGAAUUUUAUUAUCUUAUUUUAUUUUAUUCUCAUUCUACGUGACUUUACCGAAAGAACCAAAGAAGACCAUCAUUAUUUUUCAGUGAAAAUGCUUUUGAGAGGCUCUCCCCGCACCGCCGCCUUGCUCUCACUGGGGAGCUGCCCGUCACUUUGCUGCGCGCUGCGGAUGGAGAAACGCGUUGCGUCAAUAAAGGCGUCGUUUUCGAGGUUG